UCACAAUAACCCGCAGCUCCUCACAGCUCAGAGUCGUUACCGGGUCAUCAGCCUGUCCUGCCGGGUAAAGAAAAAUAAAAAUGCAUGUACAUCUGAUUGAAGUUAGAGUUAAUAGUUGUGUGUAGUGUAGCCACCGCGCGGUUUGUGGUUAUCAUCGGGUGUGUUUGUGUUGAUUGUUGUUGGUGCGAACAAAGCGCGGUGCCUCCACAUGGCUCCGACGAUUCAGACACAAGCUCAGCGAGAGGACGGCCACAGCAGGCCGUCCUCACACAGAACUGUCCCAGAGAGGUCAGGCGUGGUGUGUCGGGUGAAGUACUGCAACAGCCUCCCUGACAUCCCCUUUGACCCCAAAUUCAUCACAUAUCCAUUCGACCAGAACAGGUUUGUGCAGUAUAAAGCCACUUCUCUAGAGAAGCAACACAAGCAUGAGCUCCUGACUGAACCAGACCUCGGGGUCACCAUUGAUCUCAUCAACCCAGACACCUACCGCAUAGAUCCCAAUAUUCUGUUGGAUCCUGCUGAUGAAAAGCUGUUGGAGGAAGACAUCCAGGCUCCAUCCAGUUCGAAGAGGUCACAGCAGCACGCUAAAGUGGUGCCGUGGAUGAGAAAGACAGAAUACAUUUCGACAGAGUUCAACAGAUACGGCGUUUCCAACGAGAAAGUGGAAGUCAAGAUCGGCGUGUCUGUCAAACAGCAGUUCACAGAAGAAGAGAUCUACAAGGACAGAGACAGCCAGAUCUCUGCUAUUGAGAAGACAUUUGAGGAUGCACAGAAAUCGAUUACACAGCACUACAGUAAACCCAGAGUUACUCCUGUGGAGGUACUUCCUGUGUUCCCCGAUUUCAAGAUGUGGAUCAACCCGUGUGCUCAGGUCAUCUUUGACUCUGAUCCUGCACCUAAAGACAUAUCAGGACCAGCGGGAGUGGAAAUGAUGUCUCAGGCCAUGAUCAGAGGAAUGAUGGAUGAGGAAGGAAAUCAGUUUGUGGCCUACUUCUUGCCCCAUGAAGAAACACUUCGCAAGCGCAAGAGAGACUGCGAUGAGGGGAUGGAUUACAUGCCUGAGGAUCUUUAUGAUUACAAGAUCGCCAGGGAGUACAACUGGAACGUCAAGAACAAAGCCAGCAAGGGUUACGAGGAGAACUACUUCUUUAUCUUCAGAGAUGGAGAUGGUGUUUACUAUAACGAGCUUGAGACCAGAGUGCGUCUGAGCAAGAGGAGAGCCAAGGCCGGAGCACAGUCGACCACAAACGCUGUGCUGGUGUGUAAGCACAGAGAUAUGAACGAGAAGGAGCUUGAAGCCCAGGAAGCGCGUAAAGCUCAGCUGGAGAACCAUGAGCCAGAAGAUGAAGAGGAAGACCUGGACAUUGAUAAGGACAUACAGGACUCAGGUGAUGACAAAGAGAAGGGCAGCGGCAGUGAGGCAGAGAACUCUGGCAGCGAAUCCGAGAGGGAAGAUGAAGAACGGGAACAAAGGGCAGAAGAAGACGAAGACGACGAGGACAGAGGAAAGCGGAGGAGGAAGGCGAGCGGCAGCGGGAGCGAGAGCGGCGAGGAGAGGACCAGGGAAAUGCGAGACGAGGAAGAGAUCUUCGGCAGCGACGACGACAGCGACGACAACGACGACAACGACAACGAGCCCAAGAACUCGGGCAGGAGCAGCGGGGAGGAGGGCAGCGGAAGCGAGGAUGAAGGAGGAAACAGAGGAGGAAGCAGGAGUCGCAGCGCGUCUCCAGCACGCAGCGACCGCAGCAGCGACCACUCGGAGAGGGCUCAGAGCGGAAGUGGAAGUGACAGAGGCUCGGAUUCCAGCGAUGGCAGUGACAGUGAAUAAAAUCUGUGGUCUGGACAGGAAGGUGAUGGCCAAGUCUCAUCUGUAUGUUCAAACAUGGAGGAGUUACCCCAGCACUGACUCUGAUCUUAGCUCAGUCUGGUGCUGUAGUGUCUUGAUGAGUUGCAACUAUGAAUUAAAAUUUUGUGUGCGAGAUGCUCGUUGGUUUUGGACUGGGGACAUCUUUCUUCAAUCCAGUUUUUAUUUGUUGAUUUAACUUGUGCAUCAGUAGCUAUUUGUAUACUAUUCCUUUGUUUCCGUCUGUCAAGACAUUCAGUAAAAUACAGUACUCAGCUUCUGACAUGUCAUUGUGUUACAGCUUUGAAACGGAUAAUAAAAUGCAGGCGACGUUUUGUAAGAAACUCA